CAAAUUUAAUAUUGCUCUGUGCGAUGUGUUUCUCUUCUUCUCUCUGCAAACCGAGAAACAUCCAGAAUAUUGAAGGUAAAUUAGGCACAAAUUUGCUAUGUGGUGUAUCUCUGUCUCUUUCUCUCUGUGAAUUGAGAAACAUUCACGGCAAAAUAUCGUGCUGUGCGGUUAUAACAUCGUGUAUAUAUAUACAGUGUCUCAAUGUUUACCGACGUAACAGCAGUUUGCUAAUGCGAAUGGAGAGGGAAAGGAAGGCCAAUUGGUCAACAUAUUACGCCAGUUGUCGACGAAGCAUACUUAAUAGUCGGUCGAGUUUAGCCAUCCGACUUGCGGGCGAUAAGUGCAUCGUCGCUUAUCAAUGCGACGUGGAUACGAUGGAUACGAUACCGGCUCGUGAGUGAAUUUCAUUAUACAACAUGGUUUACCAUUGUUCAUGAUAAGAGACUUCCGAUCGUUGUCCACGUGAUUCAUUUAGCUGCUCGCCUACAUUUCUCGUAAUGACUCAGCGACGAUAAUCGGCAAUAUCGAAUACCGUUAUCAUUGUAAUUAAUUAACGUCUGAUAUUUGCACUUUACGCGUUUCGUAAAGUAAUGAGUCAGCGCGUACAAGUGUUUCCUCGUGAACAAUUUCUUUCCCACUCUUGAGUGUGCCAGCGUCAAUUGACAUCAGUCAGUGUUAAGUGAGCUUCAGUGUAUCAGACUGUUUGUUUCGAGAGUUUGUUGAAAGAUGUUUAUAUUAUAUCGCGCGAGUACUUAUUGCAAGAGAUGUACAAAAUAAUAUGAGUGUGUGAUUAAUAUUUCAGAUUAUAAGAUUUUUAAAAAAUCAUUAAUUUAGAGAAAAUUUAGAGGAAGACUGUAGGAUUUCUCAGGGUCACGCGUGUUGAAUCAUUACGUUCAAAUACUCCGUUUAUUUCCACUGCAUUAUGCAAUUCAACCGAUAACUUUUUCAUGCAAAAACUAUUUGAAUGCACUCAUUAAGAACCGUGACGAGUUAAAUGACAGGAUGAAAGACGGGAGGCAGAGGUGAUAUCAGACAUCUCGUUCUGUCGUCACGUGAAUCCAUUAGCAAUGAAGGAUGCAAGUCAAUCAGAGGAAACAUGAUAGCAAUGACGUUGUAUUAAGAAGCUUUCAUGAAGAGCAUCGACGAAAAUAAUGUUGCACAUUAUUUUCGUCUUGGAAUAGAGAACUCGUUUAAAAUUUGUUCGGUGUACUUGCAGAAGAUUAGAAAAAUUUCAAAAUUAAACAUUACCCUUAAGAACAAUUUCUACGCAGAAGGAAUGCUGUAUCGUUAAACUUGGACAAUAUAUUCGAUCUAAAGUCAAUGCACACACCAACUCAAUAUCACAUCUGAAAAGAAUAGUGAGAAAUAGUGAUAAAUCGCGCAAAUUUAAUACCACGUGGAAGACCAGAUCCAAUCAUCGCAUCCAAGAUGAACGUUACACCGGAAGAUUUUUCAUCCAAAGCGAAUGCCGCGAGCGAACCUAAUAUCAUCCCCGAGAUCAACGUUACGCCGGAAAUUGAUGUCACGUCCGAGAUCACAUGCGAAACAGAUGCCGUGCCGGGGAAAAACUUCCAGGAUGACGUGUCUAAAGUCAACGAUGUAUCUGAGAUUCAUGCACUAUCUAAUACGGAUAUCGUUCCUGAUAAAAUAGAUGAGACGUUUAUCGAUAAAUCAUCUAAUAUUACUGCGCCUCCCAGAAGAUUGCGUCGGAAAUUUUCCAUGGACCAACAAGGACGUCAUUCUCUUGCGGUAUUAGAUCCAACCGUAUCAAAACAAAAAUUCGACGAUACGGAUGACACUACUACGGAGAGCGAAGCUGAAAUUAGAAAUGACGUCUUGACGUUGGAUGGUAAUUUUUUUUUAGAAAAUCCACGCGAAGACAAUUCGAGAGAAUCGAGCUCUCUCGCCGACGAGAAAUUGAAAAUCCAGCAAGCUCCUGCGAUUGAAGAAUUGUUUGCCGAGACAAUUUCCGAAAUUAAGGAGGCGGAAUCGAAUACUGUCGAAAGCGAGAAAUCGAAGUUAGAGCGAGCGUCUGCGAUGAUAGAAGCCUGGAAGGCGCGAGUGGCUGAAGCAUCAAUCGAAAGGCGAUCCGAGAUCAAGAAAAGAAAGACGAAGCUAAGAAGUUCCAUGGAACGGAAGAUGGAAUCGAUAGAGAAGAUACUGGAGGAUCACGUGGAGCGGAUCUGGGAAGAGAACGUGGAGAAACACUCGUGGCUGCAACCGAUUGACACAUGGAUCGGCGAUCGUUGCAAGCCUUCCUCCAGCUACACAGUGACGCAUCGUCGACGAGAGGUCAACGAAGACGUUGUGCCAGAACUCACGUACGAUUUCAAGUUCACGUCGGCGACGACAGCGGACGAGGAGCCGAAAAUCGAGUGCGGACCGAUGGAUAAUCGACGAACGACGACAAUCGUCGAACCGAAAAUCGAAAGAAGAGUGAUUGAGCAUUUGCGGAGACUGCGAAAUCGAGCCGGUUCUCCGAAAUCAAAUCGAUUCGAGUCCGCGCAGCUGAAGAAGCAAGAAACUAUUCCCUCGCACGAGGAAAAUGAGGAGGAAAAUACCGAUGUAUUAAUCGAUUCCGAUAUUUUGGAAGUAAAGGAGGUCAAACGCUACGACCUUCUGGAUAAGCUAAAGGAUAACGUUAAGGAGAAAAUGGAAGACAUUCAUAGGUAUUUCCAGAAGACCAAUCGAUUAGCAGACGUAAAUAGACGCUUAAAAUCACAAAUAUGGAGUUCGGUGGUUACAAUUGUGCUCGUGGAAGCAAAGAAUUUAUUGCCGAUGGACAUAGAUGGUUUAGCGGAUCCUUAUGUAAAGUUUCGACUCGGCACGGAGAAGUACAAGUCGAAAGUUAUCAAUAAGACGUUGAAUCCAGUUUGGUUGGAACAAUUCGAUCUCCAUCUUUAUGAGGAUCCGUAUUUGGGGCAAGAGUUGGAGGUGACAGUCUGGGAUCGGGACAAGAGUCAUCAAGACGAUAUGAUGGGCAGGACGGUGAUCGAUCUGGCGGUUCUCGAGCGAGAGACCACGCAUCGGCUAUGGCGCGAACUCGAGGACGGUUCGGGCAAUAUUUUUUUACUCCUAACAAUAAGCGGCACUACGGCCAGCGAGACAAUUAGCGAUCUGGCCGCACACGAGGAAACGCCGAUAGAGCGCACUCAAUUAAUCCAACGCUAUUCGAUCUUAAAUACAUUGCAGAGGAUACGCGACGUAGGUCACCUGACAGUGAAGGUAUAUCGAGCACAGGGACUCGCAGCGGCCGAUCUCGGAGGUAAGAGCGAUCCAUUUUGCGUUCUGGAGCUUGUCAAUGCCAGAUUACAAACGCAGACCGAAUAUAAAACUCUGGCACCAAAUUGGCAGAAAAUUUUCACUUUUAAUGUAAAGGAUAUCAACUCCGUUCUGGAAGUGACAGUGUAUGAUGAGGAUCGGGAUCACAAAGUGGAGUUUCUUGGGAAAGUGGCGAUACCAUUAUUAAAAAUUCGUAACGGAGAAAAACGAUGGUACGCGUUGAAGGAUAAGAAAUUAAGAGGCCGCGCGAAGGGCAACUGCCCUCAGAUUCUUUUGGAAAUGACCAUCGUGUGGAAUAUAAUAAGAGCAUGCAUCAGAACGCUUAACCCGAAGGAAAAAAAAUACAUGGAGCCGGAAAUGAAAUUCAAGAGACAAGUCUUUCUGCGGAACGUCCUCAGGCUCAAGGCUAUUAUCGUCGUAUUUAUUGACAUAGGAAAAUACAUACAGAGUUGCUGGGAAUGGGAAAGUAAGAUGAGGAGCGUCAUCGCUCUGGUCAUUUUUGUUCUCGGAUGCUAUUACUUCGAACCAUAUAUGAUACCAGGUCUAUUAUUAUUGAUUCUUCUAAAAUAUUACUUGCUUAGCGGCGAAAGGAGCGGGUUCAAUCAUUGGAUUUGCGGACAGGUCGCUGUGGUGACAGGUGCACCUUUGAUUUACGCAAAUUCGCAGUUUCAAGAUCAUGCUGAAAUAGGAUCCGAUGAUGGUCCGGCAACGCCAGGGGACGACGAUGAUGACGAGGAUGACAAAGAUAAAGAAGAGAAAAAAAGUCUGAAGGAGCGUUUACAAGCAAUCCAAGAGGUGACGCAAACAGUACAGAACUCAAUCGGCUACAUAGCUAGUCUUUGCGAGAGAGUGAAAAAUCUUUUCAACUUCACGAUUCCCUAUUUGAGCUAUUUGGCGAUCACUCUGACGAUCGCCGGGGCAGUUGUGCUUUAUUUUAUUCCUGUCCGGUAUCUGAUCCUCGCCUGGGGAGUUAAUAAAUUCGCCAGAAAAAUCUUCAGGCCUCACUCCGUGCCCAACAAUGAGAUUCUCGAUCUUAUAUCUAGAGUGCCUGACGACGAGGAACUGCUUAAUUAUAGAGAACUGAAACCUGUGCCGACAGCGGAUUGCGAGAGAGGCUCGGGCAGUCCCAGUUCAAAUACGAGAAGAGAGCAGAGAAAGAGGCACAAAGCGGCGUAGCAGAAUUACCCGCGGCCGGAAGUCGCGGGUCCAACAAGGUCAUCCAGUAUCCUUAAAAAGGUCCUGCUGCGCCGGAAAUUGCGACAGCGAAAAGGAUCAGCGGAAAAUAUGGAUGUGAUUGAUAUAGACUGAACAUGUACUUUCAUUUUUUUAUUCUCCCUAAAUCGUAAGAAUCUUAUCUAUCGUCAGUCGUUGGCGAGGGUAUCGCACGUGAUAUUGCUUCGAAAGAGGCGAAAACAUAUAGAAAUUAUUGACAAUGAAAAAAUUUUAAUGAAUCGAAAGAGGAUAGCAAAGAAAUCGGGAUGGAUAUUUGUUACGUGAGUAAUGAGAAAAAAAAAAUAUUCUUACGCGGAAGAUAGGAUAUUAUGUACUGCGGUAUAAAAAUGAUUGAUGAUCAUAUGAUAUAUCUUAAGGUAUAUAACAUCGUUAAAUAUAAGAAAGAUUAGAAAAAGACCCAAUAUGCGUUGAAAUAUAUAUCGUGAAUAAUAUUAUAUAAAAUACGUAAUGCUAGAAUUACGAACACGUAGCGUAUAAUAUAUUUAAAAAUGCCAUUACCAUUUUUUAAAAUGUAUUAUAUGAUCAUGUCGUUUUUUCUUUCCGCAGUCGUUAGUAGAUAUCCAUGAUACUAAACGGAGAUAUUAUUGUUAUUUUUUAAAAUGUAUGGUGCAUGUGAUCAUUGAGAAUUUUCUUCUAACUAAUUCAAUAGAUCAGAAAAAGUCAAACAAAAAUAAAAUUAUAUCUAAUCAUCUAAUUCAUUUUAGAUUUAAAUCUACGAUAAUAAAUGCUAAAAUUCGGAUUAAACUGGGUUUCUUUGUUAUUGAUAAUGAUGUGUAUAAAAAUAUAAUCAACGAAGAAGUUUGUUAAUGUAUUUUAAGAUUUAAAUUUAAACGUUAAAGAAGAUUGAUAUAUUCGAGUAUUUAUAAAGAUUUAAAAGCAUAAAAGUAUAAGAAUGUAAGCAAAAACGCAGAAAUAAAAAUUUUAAAAAUUGCAUAAAUAACAAAUGGUAAAAAAUAAGCAAAUAUCUCAAAAAGAGAAAAAAAAAUUAUUUUUAGAUUUAGUAAAUUUUAAAAAUACUUUAUUAAAAGUCUCAAUUUUUUUUACAUUUAAAAAUAUUUAAAUCAAGAAAAUUAUAGCUUCUUCCUUGGUCAUUUGAUUUAGACAAGAAAAGUGUGUAAUAAUUUUUUUUACAAUAAUCUCCUAAAAAAUAAACAAAAAGAGAGAGAGAGAGAGAGAGAGCCAGAGAAAGAUACAGAGACACAGGCAAGGCAAUCUUGAAAGUAUUUCGUGUUUAAAGGGAGAAUCACGUUUCGAGCAUAUCAAGAAAAGCAAGAAACGCGUAUUCUUAAAAAUUAGUUAACAAUUCAUUAGUUAACAAAUUUGACAAAUUAAUGAAGAUAAAUAUUUAAACAAAGCGCGACGACAGUUUCCUUAUUGUUAGCGGAACACAUGUCGUUCGUUUCGUCCAUCGGUGUCAUUAGUUAGCCAUUAGAUAUCGUUACGAGGAAUAAAGAGAUAUAAAAGCAAUUAAAUAUUUUUCAGGACAUAAUCAAGUAUUAGUAUUGUUACCAAAAAAAGUUACGCAUAACUGGGCUUUGCAAAAGAAUAUUAUAUAAUUUAUUUUAAAUUAAAUUCAGAUGUUCUGCCGUGUUUUUCUUAUCAAUAUUAAAAUAUUACUUCCAAAAGCUCUAUAUAAAAUAUUCAUUGAAGUUUUUAAAAUUAAACAAUUACGUUUUACAGUACUUGUAAUUAAUAAUUUGAUGCAGGAAAAAGUUAUUCUGUUAUUAUUUGAAUAAGAAAUACACGGCAGAACUUCCGCAUUAACUCAAUACAUUCGCGCAUGCGAUUACGCGAAAUUGUGUACGCACGCUUAUAAGUAUAAGUUGCGCGCGAUGAUUCUCUUCUAAAGCGUCUGACGUUAUUUAAGUCUUCGUUCCAACGCACAAUUUGUUGAUUAAAUGAUAGAGAAAGAGAGGGAGAGGGAGAGGGAGAGGGAGAGAGAGAGAGAGAGAGAGAGAGAAAGCGCGAAAUUAUUUUAUUUGGGCAUUUCUGUAUUGUUGAGGAAAUCGUUGUUGUGCGAGAAAAGUUUUGCUUUUUCGACUGGAAAUCAUUCAGAUCACGGCGCGUGUAUUUUUACACUAACAGUGUUUGCAUUUGGAUCUUUGGUUAGAUAAUACUAAUACCGGAAGUAUAUGCAACACACUUUCUAUGUGAUAACUUUCUUAUCACGUAGGUAAUAAGUUCGAUGUACUGCUGGUGUUACCAAUGGCGAUUUUACCAUGCCUUUUUAACAGACGAUUACAUAAUCGCCGUGACAUUUUCUGUCCAGCAUGCAUUCGUUUCCUUCUUAUAUUGAAUUUGUUGCGCAACUAUGUAAUAUAAAAAAUUUAUAGAGUACUGUAGUGUACUGAUUAUAAAGAACAAUCGCGCAAAAAUGCUUUUUGCAUUAUAGUACAUAAUUUUCAAAGAAAUAAUUAAAAAUAAUUAAAAAAAGUAAUUAAAACAAAGAAUUAAAAAAGAAUUAAAAAAGAAUUAAAAUUUAAUUUAUAUCUAAGUUUGAGAAGAUAAGAUCGAAUCAUAUUUUUCAAUUAACUUCAAGUAUAUUUUCAUAAAAUUUCUAUUUGAAACUUAAUUAUAAAAAAUAUAUAAUAUUGAACAUUAACAUUGUAUUACAAAAAAUAAUAACUUUCCUCGUUUUUAUUAAGGAAAGAUCGUUUUUGCGAAUUACUUGAUCGAGAAAGCUAUAAUUAAGAGGAUAAUUGAAAUUUAGAUUAUUUCAAAACGCGUUUUUACCCGUCAAUAAUGUGUUAAGUCAUUAUUUAAUUAAAAAAAAAUACAACAGAGUUGUAAUUUCUUCGCGGAAGAAGGAGGAAAUGUCACGCGCGAUGAUUACAAAUGCAGGCUCGUUAUGUAAAAAUGCACUCGCUUAAGAAUGCGGAUAGUACCUAAAUAUUUAUUUCUGGUCACAAAUUUACUGGUCUAUGGACAAUAGAGAGAAUUGGAGAAAGAGAGAGAGAGAGAAAGAGAGUGUGUGUGUGUGUGCUUGAAAGAGAGAGAAAAAGUAGUAUCGCUGAUCCAUUUUUCGCUUUUCUAAUUGUAUACUAUAAUCGUUAUAUACACGUGCAUACGUCUUUUUGCAAUCUUUUAUCCUCAAUUUACUCAUUCUCAUCCUCUAUGUAUAAGCGCCUCGACGAUCCUUUCGGCACAAUAUUUUAAAGUCUCUUAUGGAGCACUUACACACGCGAGGCGUAUUUAGCCAAACACUUAUAUAAACACUUACACGUAAAUAACAUAACAGACUGGAUGUUUUACUACUGUUCGAUUCAUUUCAAAUAAUUUACUUUUUACAGAUUCUUGGAUCAAUUUGUAUAAUGUUUUUUUUCUAUGUUAAUUUUGAUAGAAUUUUAAUUUAGAGUUUACCUACAGAGAUAUAUUAAAUUAAAAAUUAGAGUGCGUGCAAUAUGUAACGAUUUUUCUUGACAUUUUUAAGUUAAGAGAGAAAUUUUCAAAUGCAUCAAAGCUGAAGCUGUAGUUAUAUAUUUAAUUAUGGAACACACACACACACACACACACACACACACACACACAUUGUUUAUUUCUUUUGUUAUUACUAAAGGCCUAAGAGGCGAGCUAAAACAAAUCACACACGCAUUUUCAGGGCUUUACAUACAUCAUCUAGUCAACGAAUUUACUUAGACGCUCGUGAUAUUUGUAAAAUCAUUUUCUAAUGUGUUUUUCGGACUUUGCAGUUUUCUCUGCUUAAUUUUUAAUGUUUAUAAUUUUAUCUACUUUUAACAAACACAUUGCCAAAUAUUUCAAUACUGACACAUUGAAUCAAGAAUACGUCGCGCUUUUUUAUGUUUGUUUAUUUCCAAAGAGUAUGUCAAAUAUUUAUCUGACAAUGAGUUUAUAGUUACGUAGAAAGUUUAAUAUUCUUUAUGAUAGAGAAUAAUAAUUUAUUUUUUAUCUUAAAAAAAAAGAUAAUAGAAGACAGUAUCAUCUCAAUAAAAGCAAAUCUGGAUACCGUUAAGUCGAUAAAAUUCCUCUAUCGCUAUCAAAAUACAAAAAUUAGUUUGCAAAAUAUAUUUUUCUGUACCUAUAAAAUAUAAUGAAGAAACAAUAGUCUAAGAGAUUAAAUAGAAAACUCAAUAUUAUAUAAUUAUGAAAAAGUUUUAAUUGUUCGGAAACGCUUUCUCAAAAAACUUAUUAAAGCUUAGCUGCAGCUUAUGUAGUAUUGAAGAAAUUAUACAUUGAACUUCUGGAAGUUCAAUUUUAAUUUCUGUUUUAAGUCCUAAUUGUAAAUAUAUUACUUUGCAUAUUUCAUUUUAUACCAGAUACGAUAUAAUAAUAUAUUUUCAUACAUUAAUUUAUAUCAAUUUUACUCAAAUAUACAUAUAUAUAUACUUUAUUCGAAUCGUAUAAAUAUCUACAAAAAGUUGUUUCAAAUAAUUUUUAAAUAUCUCAUGGAAUAUUUUUCGAAAUUUUUCUGUUUAAAUUUAAAUUCUACUUGCGUUCGCAAGUAACUAUGUUGCGUUUAUUCAAUUCUACAAUUCAUGCCAGAAUUAAAAGUUCAAUUCUGAUUAUCGAGACAAGUACCUGCUAUUAAAACCAAGCAUCAGUAUUAACGAAUAGAGAUGUUGCGAAGACGCGAUAGAUACGUCAGGUUUUAAACUCGUUUUUAACUACUCCUAGUCCUUUUCUACUCUUCCAGUUUUGUACCUCGAUAAAAUUGUGUCUCCCUUCUGCGAUCGACACAAUUUUAUAUUUUCUUCCCAUUUUAUUGUCUUCACUAUUUUCGAGAAUACGCGUCAACUUUAUACGCAUAACGUACAUACAUAUAUACACACACACACACACACACAUAUAUAUAUAUAUAUAUAUACGAUAUGCCUUAGAUUAGUGGUAGAGCUCUAUUCUUCAAGGAAUCAACGAUUCAAAACUUACAUCUCUAACACAAGUAUAAUCUGCUUUACUUAUCGUUAUACUUAAUUGUUAUUAAAUCUCGAUAAGAUUUAUUGAUUCUAAAAUUAAAUAUUCAAAAAAAAAAAAAGAAAAAUUUGAAUUGCUAAAUUUCCAACUGUCAAUUCUAAAGUCCAAAUAUUGGAAAGUUUUAUUUUCACAAAUUGCCUUAAAUUACACAUAAUUUAAAAAAAAAUAUAUAUAUAUAUAUAUAUAUAUAAAUUAAUAUAUGUACAUACCACAUAAUAAAGCUGUGGAAAUUUUUGUAAUAAUGCAUAAAGUAAUAAUUUUUAUAGUUUUUUGUGUAAAAUAUAAUUUUUACAUUUUAAAUGGACUUAAGACAAUUAAAAAAAAAAACAAGCUUUUCACACACACACAUACACAUAUACACACAAUUCUCUAAUUCCUUUUACAGGAAAUGGACUUCCUUAUACGAGCUUCAGGAAAGUAUUUGAGCGAUAUGCACCGAUACGCAUCUUUUAGUAGAACAGUCUGUAGCGGACACGCCUGUACACAUAUACACACACACACACACAUAUGCACGUUUCGAAUUUGCAUGCUCCAGUUUCUUCGUGUGUUAUUUGGAUCUUCAUUCGAGUGUUUAGUCGUUAAGAGAAAUGCGAGUAUCGCAAAUAUUUACGAGGAUCGCGUGCGUUUUUCUCAAUUACAUCGGCCACUGAUCUAGAUCGUUUAGAUCAGUCGAAACGCUCCGCACACAUUUGUCUACUUCCUAAUUGAUAAGAGAGAGAGAGAGAGAGAGAGAGAGAGAGAGAAUUUAGAUAGAGAACGCAAAUGUGAUUCAAUCAAUCGAUCGUCGAGAAGAGAGAGAAAGGAGUACGUAUCGAGGUGAAAGGUGUAAGUUCAUCGGAGGAUCUCGAUCGAUGCGUAUGUGAAAUUCGUUACACUUAUAGUGGAAUUUAGCAAAAAAAAAAAAAAAGGCGGAUACCAUCGAUCGAGCUCGUUCUGGUGUCCUUAACCAACAUUCUUGAUAUUCCGAUAAGAUGUACUUACGACAAAGCGUGAUAAGAAUCGUUAUUAUAUUCAUAAUAUAUGAAAAGAGAUGAAAUAUUGAAAAAUAAACGAAGCUUUUAAUAUCCA